GGACAUUAAGUCGUCAGAAAAAGAAACGCCGUCAAAAGUAACGAUUCGCAGGAGAAAUACAUUAGACAACAUAAUUUUUAACGAGAUGUGCGAUAAAGCGGAUCGAGAUAGCGAAAAUGACGGGAACCUUGACACGACGAAAGAUGGGAAUCGGAAAUGCAAGAGAAGUUUAAAAUUGCUACGCGGCAACGAGAGAGACUUAAAACUAGACGUGGAGGCAGCUUACAAUUAUGCCGAGAAAUGCGAUCAUUACCAAGCGUCCACACCGAAUCACAUAAAGAUCGAAACUAGAAAUAGAUUUCGGAGUCUGCGGUCAAAGCCCGUCGACGUAGAGGAGAAGAAAGUUCAGCAUGAAGUUAACGAGCAACGUGUACUUUUGGAAAGCGCGGAAUCGAUUGUGCAAUCACCGAAGACGUUGAGUUUUAAAGAACGAGAAAUAUUUCAUGACACGUUUUCUUUCCUCAUUAGAUUGGGAAGCACAGAACGUAGUUGUCGUCGUCAGAUGAGUCACGAAGAAACUCGGUGGCAAAAUGAAUUGAAGGAUUUAAUAUGGCUGGAACUGCAGGCUCAUCAUGCUGAUCGUAGUCCAAUGGCUCAAGAUGAGUACUUAUGUAGACAACGCGAAGCUGUGGAAGGUUUACUUAAAGAAAUAAUGCAGUACAGAUAUGAUCCCAUUGCUAAUAUAAAAGACAACAGCGGACCUUGGACCAACGUCAGCGAUACGUGUCAGGAUCGAGUAACAAAUUCUGGGUCCAGUCCAAGCAUAGAAUUAGGUGUCUGUCCAGGAUGUCUUUCGAUGUAUUGCAGGGCUUGUGCACGAGCACAAGGAGAAGCUUUACAACAAGUAGAAGAUUUAUUGGCCAGACUAGAGGCAGCUGAAGCUCUUUAUCCGUCUUCCCAAGCUUUAGCUGCACAUUAUCCAUUAUACAAAAGUCCUGAAUUCACUGGAAGAGUGAAGGCAAUGUGUCUUUGGUACAAUAUGACUAAACACCAUCGACUUAAAUUACAAAUAUUGGGAAAAUUAUUAAUGAUGUUACAUACCAAGAAAAAGCACGAUGACCCUGGCGAUUCUGGAAUCAGGUUUGAGGUAUCCAAUCAGCAAGAAGAGAGUUCCAGUCCUUCAGAUAGUAACAAUAGUAACAAUUCGUCAGUUGGAUUAUCUAUAGGACAAUCGUGGCCUUCCACUCCCGACACCUCUUUCACACAUACUGAGGACGAAAAAGUCGACAGACUUGACUUCUAUUUAGUUGAAUUUGAUCGUCAGGCUUACAGAAAGUAUAUUGAAGAUGUACUAAAAACUAGAGGCCUCGGAAAGAGUUUGAACUUCCUCGAGAGAUUACACACUUCUAUUUUGAGAAAAGCAAGACUGACGUUAGAAAAAGGUGAUUCAAGUGAAUCGAGUAAUUUAAACGAAGAAUAUGAAGGUGAUAAGCAGUUGCGUAGAUACGGCGUAUGGAGUCCCGAGGCGAGAGAGUUGAAUCUUCCAUCGUAUAGAGCCGCCUUUGUAUUUCUGUCGCGGGUACCUUUGGACGUUGUUCAUGAAUUCCUCAGAAUGAGACUGGAACAAAAACCUGAGCAACCUAGUCCAUUGUCUGUUAGACAACUUAUGCGUGAACUUAGAGAAGGCCUUAGAAUUGCAUGCAUUCAUCGUGACAGAUUUGAUGCACAUUCAAGCGCAGCAGUGGGUACUGAGAAUAAUAGCUGCGAAUAUCUGUUCCAAGAGGAUGUGAAAGAUUUUGAUGAAAGUUUAAAGGCUGUUUUUGAAGUGUAUCUCGAUUAUCUGCAGCAGUGGGUGGACAUGGUGCAACACGAUAGUUUUCAUAAGAAUCUAAUAAUGGACGAAUGGAUAUUUGUGAAAUCAAUUGCUGGGAAUAUACUGGAUGGUUAUAAAAUUGCUGGAGUAAAGUUUUGUGAAAUUGCAAGUACAAUGAUCGAACAAGUUAAAGAGUUCCUUAAUGAGAGACCUAGAGAGAUUAAAGAAAGUACAGAGGAAUGGAGCGACGACGAUUGGUCAAACAAAUUUCAACUAAUGUUUGUGGGGCGCGAAUGGCAAGGGAUGUACGUAGAAGCUCGGGAGAAGGCCGUAAAGAGUGUUAGCUUGGCCAGUUGCCUACAGCGUGACAUUGAAAAUUGGCCUGUCUUCAACAAAAAGUUAGAAGAAGCUUUAACAGCUUUAAAGGAAACUGUUAUGGAUCUCCGAUACCAGAUAACGAAUGUUAUUGAAAAUUUUCAACACGACCUUGAAUGUACGGAGGAACCGAACUCUGAGUAUGAUCGAUGUGCUAUGCGAUCAAGAAUAAGAGAAAUACUUCAUCAGGCCUAUCGAAUGGGUUUUGAUUACUACAAAGAAACCUGCAAGUUAUUUACCCUAGGAGAAAACGCGGUACUAGCACGGGGAAUAGUCUCUUUUGCUCUUUUGUGGAUGGAAUUUGUUAGAACUAGAUGUGAACGUGGGAGAGGUCUGAGGCCCAGGUGGGCGAAUCAAGGUUUAGAGUUUUUAAUUACAGUGUGUGAACCACAUAAUACCAAACACCUGACUGAUGAGGAAUUUGAAGAAUUAAAAACAUGUAUGGAUCGUUGUAUAUCCCAUGUUGUUGGAAGUGCCAAUACUGUUGCAGCGAAUGUAGAAACAGAAAAUUUAAAAAAACUGUCUCGCUCGAGAGCUUCGUCGCCUUGCCACAGUAGGAGUAGGACAGCAAGUUUCAGUCAUUCUCAAAAGCCUAAAGAUGUUCUUAAAUCUCCCGACAUCACGUUAAACCCUAAGAAGUCACCCUCGCCUAAUGCAGUCGACGGAAACCUAUCUGUAAUUUUAAAUACAUCAGAUCGUAGUGUAUCUAGACAAGAAAGAGUCGUUCGUUCUAUAGAGAAAGUAGAAUCCGAAAUUGAUGAACGGCUAAAGAGUCGUGAACUUAUUGGACAAGUAACAGAUAGGAAAUCUGUCGAUAGAGUUCGUAUUAAAGCGAGAAGAGUCACUUUUACUUGGCAAAGAGGCAUUAAAAUAGGCCAAGGAAGAUUUGGCAAAGUGUACACUGUAGUCAAUAAUCAAACCGGCGAUCUACUAGCCAUGAAGGAAGUUCAGUUACAACCAGGAGAUCACAGGGCUAUUAGGCGAGUUGCCGAAGAACUACAAAUAUUUGAAGGAAUUCAGCAUAAAUAUUUAGUUCGAUAUUAUGGCCUAGAAAUUCAUCGAGAGGAAAUGUUAAUUUUUAUGGAAUUCUGCGCUGAAGGAACGUUGGAAAGUUUAAUAGCGGGCAGUGGAACUGGCUUACCAGAAUCACUAGUUAGAAAAUAUACUCAUCAGCUUGUUUCAGCCGUAUCAGUUCUCCAUUCCAACGGAAUAGUACAUCGCGAUAUUAAAACUGCAAACAUUUUCCUAACGGAUGAGGGUAAUUGUUUGAAACUUGGAGAUUUUGGUAGCGCUGUGCAGAUUAAGGCACACACCACAAUGCCUGGUGAAUUACAAGGUUUUGUAGGCACUCAGGCUUACAUGGCGCCGGAAGUAUUCAUGAAAACAGAAACUGGUGGUCAUGGUAGAGCAGCUGAUAUUUGGUCAGUUGGUUGUUGCGUGAUAGAAAUGGCUAGUGGACGAAGACCUUGGUCAGAUUAUGACUCUAAUUAUCAAAUAAUGUUUAAGGUGGGAAUGGGUGAGACUCCAGCGUUACCAAAAAAUUUGUCCGUUGAAGGAGUUGAUUUAGUGAAAAAGUGUUUGCAACACGAUUCAAAGAAAAGAUUAACCGCUCAUGCCUUACUCACAUUACCAUUUGCCCUCGCAUAUGAGGAUGUUAAUGCUGACUUAACGGUACACGUCAUCAAGCAUAAUGUAUCCAAUUUAGUCGGACAAUCUUUCGGUUUGGAAGAACGGAGAAUCUUGUAA